AGAGGCGUCAGCAGCGGAAGACGGGACUCGGAAGCGACUUAUAUCUGUGUGCGAGGAACGCGAGAUUUAAAUAGAUGGUUUAGCUCUUCUGCGGUUAAAACUCCUAACCUGUCGGUUUAAAAGCACUAGACAUCGCGCUCAGCAUUGUCACAUCUAGCUUACCUGCCAACUAGCAUCUAAAGAGUUACUGACAUAAACAGGUAGCAGCUUGAAUUAGUUAGGUUAACUAACGUAACCACCAUUAAGUUACAGGCCAAGAAGAACAAGCUAGUAUGGAGUCCUGGGUUCGGUUUAACGCUCAAAGCCAAGCCAAGGAGAGAGUUAUUAGGGCUGCUCAGUAUGCCUGCACCCUGCUGGGUUACACUCUGCAGAAGGGUGGGGCAGCGGCUGAACUUAAGAAAACCGUCAGUCAACUGGAAGCACACAUGAGCCUGACAAGAAAGUUGCUGCGUCUGGGAAACUCUGUGGAGGCGCUGGAGGCUGCCAAGAGGGCCAUACACCUUUCUGACAGUGUGUUGAGGCUCUGCCUGACCAUCAGCCACCUCAACAGAGCCAUGUACUUUGCCUGUGACAACAUCCUGUGGGCUGGAAAAACAGGCCUCAUCUCCAAACUGGACCAGCACAAAUGGAGUCAGAGAUCGUUCAGGUACUACCUCUUCGCUCUGAUCCUUAACCUGACUCGAGACGUGUACGAGCUCCGCCUCCUCAUUGAGUGUGAGGAGCGUUACAGAGCCACCAAAUCUCCACCCUCACCCUACCCGAGCACCACCCUACCCGCUGACCACUUAUCCUCCCCCUCCUCAUCUGCCGCUCCGGCCACCAUCGCCAUGCCUGUCAUGUCGGCGUGGGUCCGCAGACAGCUCCACCUGCUGGUGACGGUGCUGUACAACAACCCGCCACUGCUGUUGGACCUGCUGAAGAACAGUUGUGAUAUCGUCAUUCCACUAGACCGGCUGGGGAUUUAUCCUACAGGGCCAGGCUUUGUUGGGGCCUGCGGCCUGGCCUCCUCCGUGCUCUCCAUCCUGACCAUGGUCCACCCUUGGCUCAAACUCAAGCCGUGAACCCAGAUACACGUUGGACGGUUCCAUCUGAGGAGCUACAAGGAGGGCUGAGAUCAGACUCUAACAGGAUUAAUACAAUGAUCAUUUUGUGAAGACAGCAGCUGCAGAUAUACUGUGAUCACAUUUUGAAAUCGUGGCAGGGCAUCCAAAUCCUUCAAAUACCGUCAAAAUAAGUGAUGGGUUGCAUCCAUGAGGACUCUUGAAACCCUGACCCGGGUCACAGUGCUGAAGUGUAGUGAUGCUGCACAGAGCCCACUGCUGUCCUCAUUUCCUUACACUCACAUAAAGCUAACCCUCUUCCAUCAUGAUCCCCUCAUUCUACACAUCCCAGUCCUGCAGCGAUAUCUCCCAAUACUCUGAAAUUUCAGUCACUUAGCAGCUCAUACAAUUCUUUCCAGGAAGAAUGCUGAAAGUAGAAACUCACCAGAUGCUAGUAAAUCUUCUUUAGUGGGUCAAAAAAAACAAAAGCAAACAAAAAAAAAGAUCUAGCCUGACACAGAAGGACCUUGUUCAGUAAAAUGAAUAUACUAAGUGUGCUGCUGCUACAAACAGUAGUAGCAGUAUGCAACUCACACGAGAUUGUAUUUGUACUUUCUAUCCUGUGGUGUCUGCCCUCACACUGGCUCAUAUGAGAUACCUGGGGUGUAUACUACGACACAGACAGGCUUUCUAAAAACAAUCCACAGUGGUCUAAGGUUGCUUCACCUUUCUUUUAUUGUAUGGAUGAUCUGCUGUGUAAACUUUAGUGUGGAUAUUACCUGAAGAUAAGACUUAAUUAAUCUCACAAUGGAGAAAUUUACUGUUACAGAAGGGGGGGGGUGCAAAUAAGAGCAAUUCAAAUGUGCAAAUAGGCAACCACAAAUAUAAAGAAAAAUGCCCAUUUAUUAUAGAAAAAAGAAAAAAUAGGUAAAGAGGGUUAAGUUCUACCGCAACCAGCUGCUGGUCACCCAGCACCAUCUUGGAGAAGCACACCUCUGCCUGGUUUUGUCUUCAUCCAACACAUUUGGAUUUUCAACAUUCUUCCCACAUUAGUUUUAGAGAUGCUGACUAUAAAUUGAAAAUGCUAAAGCAUGAAUGAGGGAUGUAUUUAUAAUAAGAGCAAAGGCAUGUUUUCUUACAUAGAAUCUGAUAUAUCAUCACUAUCACGGCCUGAAUUUUUGUUACCAUUCUGACUGGACAUUCCUGUCACCCAGAUCACCUUUUAUUAGUGCACACCUACACGAUGUUGGGACCUCAGUAUCUGUGAAAAUGUGCACCCAUCUACUCAUUUGUGUGCACAAAUCUAACCUAUAAAUAUCUCCCACAUUUGAUUUUGUUGAAGAGUUAUAUCGCUGCCUGUAAUAAAGAGCAUGUGUGUGGCUGGACUGCUACUUUUAGCUUGGACUCGUCAAUAUCUGCUUUGAUUUUGGCACAAAUAACAAGACUCAAGAUAAUUUACAAACAAAAAAAGUUUAAUUCAAGAUCGUUUACAGUUACAAAUAAGAAGUAAAAACCAAAGGGAAGUUAAAAACUGACAACAAAAUGAGGCCAGUCCUUUCUCUGUUGUUCCUGCUGCUGUUUCUGUCCACGCCAUGGCCCAGCCGAAAGGACGUCUUCAAUACACUGACCCACAGUCACUGCAGAAAGUGAGCAGAACAAGUGUGUUAGGGAUGACUAGAGAUGUGAAGUGAACAUAUGAACCUCUGGUGGUCAGUUUACACACAUCACUGUGGUGGUUGACCUCAAAAACCUCCAUCGCACAACAAAAAGCAGCAUAACUGCAUUAGGUGUACGCAGGUAAACGUGUUAUGAACUGACCUCAGGACGUGUUUCUUCAAUGGAAUUUGAUUGAUCGUUUGAGAGCAACAGAGUUGAUUGUAUUUAGCUGAUUAAGCCUCUCUAAAGUUGCUUGUCAAAGAAAUACUGAUAUUUAACGCUUGGCAGGAAACAGCGACACACAUGCAUCACUGGAAAAAGUUAAUGGAAUGAACUCCUGUACUGUCGGUGGUAAAAUGUGGAGACGCUCCAACCUGAACACUUCAUCACUCCUGGGUCUCCAUGCUCUCAUCCUCUCCAUCUCCUCCCUCCUCCAGAGCUUCAUCUUCCUCCUCCUUCCUCUCUGGGGGUUUCUCAUAGGCCUUCUCCGACGGCGUGACGAUCACACCGUCCCAGGUGGACAUCUCUGUCGCCAGGUCUGCAACAACAGUCUGAUUAGUUCUUGUUCAUUUUAUUUGUGGAGUCACGGGUCGAUACAUAAAUGAUGUCCCAUGUG